AUGCAAGGCGAGGCGCGGCUACCGCCGGCGUGUGUAUCCAAGGUGCUCGACGACGAAGACCUCCUGGCGGAGAUCAUCGUCCGCGUCGGCUUCCCCACCAGCCUCGUCCGUGCCGCCGCCGCCUGCAGGCGCUGGCUCAGCCACGCCUCCGACGGCGCCUUCCUCCGCCGUUUCCGCGAGCUCCACCCGCCCAGACUCCUCGGCUUCUACAUCGCAGAAAGGGACUAUCCGGCCUCCGAACGCUUCUUCCCCAUGCUGCACCUGCCCCCGGAGCUCGCCGCCGUCGUCCGCCGCGCAAGCUUCAGGCCGGACGCCUACGACGGCGCGCAUGCCCAUGUGGUGGGCUGCUCCAACGGCAGCGUCCUCACCCACCGCGCAAGCUUCUGCCUGGACACCUUCAAGCUUGUAUUUGCAAGGCACAGGCCGCUGUGCUAUGAGAGAGGUAUGCGUAUGACCAUCCUCCCAGGAUUAAAACUCAGAACCUCACCAGGCAGUAUCUACAAUUGGACACAACUCUUCUCCAAACAAGAAGAGGAUGGGUGGUCCUACUUUUAUCUCACCGUGAAGGAUAUCAUGGAUGCACCUGGGGUGCUUCUGUAUGUGUAUAUGUUGCAAAAUGGUGAUGAUGUCUGGCGCCUGCAUCUCACCUUGGCCUCAGACCUGCAUGCAUGGAAAAGUCCCAAAGGCGUGCUCUUUGACAACAAAAUCUAUCUGGCGGCCGACGAUGCAAUUCUUGUCCUGGAUUUGACAGCCUCAAUCUUAUCGACAAUUCAGCUCCCACAAGGGGUGAGUUUUGACCUGAGUGGAACCACCAUGUUGUCGCGGGCCGAUGACGGUUCUGUUUUAUAUCUCAUCCAUAUCAAGGAGCUUCAACUUCAAAUCUGGCUCCAUAACGGGGGCAACUGGUUGCUGGUGGACACUGUUUGCUUGAGUGAAAUGUGUGCUAAUUUUCUCGAGGAUGAACCUACUGCUGACAUCCGGAUAAACCAUGUGGGGGACUAUAAUGAGUUUGUAUUCUUGGAGAUGGGUCGAUGUGUGCUCUACUUGGAUGUCAAGAACAGGACGCUGCGUAAAGUAUACAAGAUGACAGCAGAUGAGUAUUAUUUGGGUGAUAUCUAUCCUUUUAUGAUGAGCUGGCCUCCCAUUUUCCCUACUCUCAGUCCUGCAAGGUUUGCCUUUUGCCCUUUUGGUGAUCUGUAUGGUCUACUUGUAGAGUUUACAUAA